CAGGUAAUCGUUACGAGUCUCCCGCAACUCACAACCCCCAAUCACUCCCAUUCACAUCACUACCACCACCUCUCAUCUCUCUAUCGAAAAUGGUCAAAGCUGUCGUCGCAGGUGCUGCCGGUGGAAUCGGACAACCCUUGUCCUUGUUGCUCAAGCUCAACCCCAUCGUCACUGAACUGAGCCUGUACGAUGUCGUCAACGCCCCCGGUGUCGCCGCCGACCUCUCCCACAUCCCCACCCCGGCUCAAGUCUCGGGUUUCCUUCCCAACACCGGAUCUCAGGGUCACAAGGGACCCGAGGAGGAGAAGCGAGGUGCCGUCAACGCGCUCAAGGGAGCCGAUAUCGUCGUCAUCCCCGCUGGUGUGCCGAGGAAGCCGGGUAUGACUCGAGAUGACCUUUUCAUCAACGCCGGAAUCUGUGCCACCCUCGCCGAGUCGAUUGCCGAGGCUUGCCCCAAGGCUUUCAUCCUCGUCAUCUCGAACCCCGUCAACUCGACCGUGCCCGUCUUUGCCGAGGUCCUGAAGAAGAAGGGCGUCUUCGACCCCAAGCGACUCUUCGGUGUCACCACCUUGGACUGCUUGCGAGCUUCGACUUUUGUCGCCAGCGUCGUCGGCGAGCCCACCGAGGCUUCCAAGUACGUCAUCCCCGUUGUCGGAGGACACGCCGGACACACCAUCCUGCCCCUCUUGUCGCAGGCCAAGCCCUCGAUCCCCUCGUCCGUCCUGAAGGACAAGUCGAAGCGUGACGCUCUUGUCCACCGAAUCCAGUUCGGUGGUGACGAGGUCGUCGAGGCCAAGGCGGGUACCGGAUCCGCCACCUUGUCCAUGGCUCAGGCCGGUGCCGAGUUUGCCGACAAGGUCAUGCGAGCCGCCUUCAAGGGAGAGACCGGACUCGUCGCCCCUUCGUACGUCAACCUCGAGGCCGACCCUUCGGCGGCCAAGACGAUCCAGCAAGAGAUCGGUAAGGACCUCGCCUACUUUAGCGUCAACGUCGAGCUCGGAAAGGAGGGGAUCGCCAAGCUCAACCCGGUCGGCAAGAUUGACGAGACCGAGACUGCGCUCUUGAAAAAGGCCGUCGAGGAUUUGGAGCCGAGCAUCAACAAGGGUGUCGGUUUCUCCCCCGCCUCCAAGCUCUAAGAGCGAGCGUUGCUCUGGUGCAAAAUCGCUCACCCUUACCUUUGUGGUUUGCGAUCUCCCUUGUAGUCCUGGCUUGGCUUAGGAAGGAGUCUCUGAACAAUCCGUGUAGAUCAUCGUCGAAUAUCAAUUGAAUAUGAAAUGGGCAAGCAGGCACAGCCAUUUGCAACCGGUCUCAGGAACUGGACGGGCUGGAAAUAUCUGGCUUUCUCUCGCCUAGCUGAAAUGACAACGAUCUAGCUG